AUGCGAAACGAUCACGUUGCAGCGAUGAAUGAAAUGGAGCACAAGGAUUUCUCGGAUAUGGACUUUCAGAAUGGACUCGUGCAUCGGAUAAAUGCACAUGAAGCGCAAAGAGGAGCGACGAGUCUGCAAAUGCCUGCAUCGAGUCAAGACAAAUCCUGCAAUUCAAAGAUCAAACCGCGUUUAUUGGCGGUGACUGUGAUCGCGGGAUUGAUUGGUUUAAUCGCUUUGAGUCUCCUUUGGUCAUCAAUCUUUCACGUACAAGAGGGACAUGUAGCUGUGCUAUUUAGGGGAGGCGCUCUUCAAAAUGAGACCCUCGGCCCAGGAUAUCACUUGAAAGUGCCGUGGUUGACCGAUGCCCGAAUUGUACAGAUCACGAUUCAAACCGAUGAGGUGAGCAAUGUGCCGUGCGGGACACAGGGCGGAGUGAUGAUCUAUUUUGAUCGAAUCGAGGUCGUCAACAUUCUCAACGCUGAUGCCGUGCUGGAAACUGUUCGAAAGUACACAACCGAUUACGAUAAACCGUUGAUUUAUAACAAGGUACAUCAUGAGAUAAAUCAAUUCUGCAGUAAACACACGAUUCAAGAGGUUUACAUUGAUUUGUUCGACAAAAUCGAUGAAAAUCUGAAGAGCGCGUUACAGGCCGAGCUGCAGACGUUGGCACCGGGUCUUUUCGUUCAAUCAGUUCGUGUCACGAAGCCAAAGAUCCCUAACGAGAUUCGCCAAAACUAUGAGCAAAUGGAAGCGGAAAAGACAAAACUCCUCGUCGCCGUCGAGCAUCAAAGAGUUGUUGAGAAAGAGGCGGAAACUGAUCGGAAACGGGCGCUCAUUGAAGCUGAGAAAAAGUCGCAAGUGGCCGCCGUCGAGUAUAAACAAGUGAUCGCUCAGAAAGAAGCACAGAAAACUGUGAACAAAUUGGAGGAUGAGAUACAUAUUGCCAAAGAGAAAGCGAAUGCCGAUGCGUCGUUUUACAAAGCGCAGAAACAGGCCGAAGCGAAUGCCAAGCUUCUUUCACCUCAAUUCCUCGACUUGAAGAAAAUCGAGGCAAUCAAGGAGAACAACAAGAUUUAUUAUGGAGACAGUAUUCCGAAAGCUCGAAUAACUCGAACUAUUUCGGUCUCCAAAGUGCAUGGCUUCAUCGAUGUUGGCGGGACGCAAAACUUCGUGAUCACUUUUCAGAAAGCUCCUCGAGCCGACAAAUUGCCGUUCCAAUUCGUGAAGCCCGGAGAUUCCACCGACUCUCAAGGAGCCCGGAGAUUCCCCAGUGAUGGAUCUCUCAUUAUGGCCGAGGUGUGCGGUGAGACGGUGAUGAAGUUGUCGAUAGCCGAA